AUGCGAAAUCUACAAUACGCUGUCGGCGCCGUCCUCGCGGCGACUACCUCGGUCGUCUUCUCCCAAACCACCAUCCCUCCGACUGGGCUUCCGGUCGGAAGUUGCACAGCCGACAUCCCAUGCGCCAACGGUGCGUGCUGCAACGCCAACAGUGGGUUCUGCGGUUUCGGCCCUCAAUUCUGCACUCCAAUCACCACGCCCGGAGGCAACUGCACUUCGAACUGCGACGCUAUCGCCGAGUGCGGAAAGUUCGCAGCCGCAGAGAAUCGAACUUGUCCUCUGAACGUGUGUUGCUCGCAGUACGGGUUCUGCGGAACAACAUCGGAUUUCUGUGAGACGGGCUGUCAGUACAAUUGCAACCCUGUACCUCCUACCGGCGGUGGAAACGAUGUCUUCGGCGGUGGCGCUACCCAUCGGCGCAUCGGUUAUUACGAGGGCUGGGCCUCGUCCUCAUCCUCUCGCCCAUGCGACGUGUAUCAGCCAGAGCAGAUUGCUGCCGAAGUUCUGACGCACGUGAACUUCGCAUUUGCUCUGAUAUCGGACUCAUUUCAGCUCACAGAGAUGUCGCCCGGGGACAUCGAUCUCUGGGCUCGCACGACGUUGCUCAAAAAACGAAACUCGGCGCUGAAGGUGUUCCUCUCUGUCGGUGGCUGGUCUUUCAACGACCCGCCGACGUCGACUAUCUUCAGCCAGCUCGUCGCUAGUGCUGAGAACACGAACACAUUCAUCAGUAGCGCCCUUGAGAUCAUGGAAGCAUUCGGCUUUGACGGUCUCGAUAUCGACUGGGAGUAUCCCGCGGCGUACGAUCGUGGUGGAAACCCUGCAGACAAGGACAACUACGUUACCUUCAUGAGGGAGCUGAAGACCGCAUUCGGCGACAGGUAUGGGAUCUCGUUCACGGCGCCCUCCUCAUACUGGUAUCUACAGCACUUCAAUGUCACCGGAUUGCUCCAGUGGGCAGAUUUCGUCAAUGUCAUGACAUAUGACUUGCAUGGGGUCUGGGACGGGAAGGACCCAUACAUUGGAUACAUCGUACUUGCACACACCAACUUGACAGAAAUCAAGAACACGCUGCAGCUCCUCCAGAAUGUCGAGGUAGACUGGUCACAAGUCAACAUCGGGUUCGGCUUCUAUGGACGCACCUUUGAAUUGACUUCGGAAGAGUGCACAACACCUGAGUGCCCGUUUGUUGGUCCUGCUGAUGCUGGCCCAUGUACUCACAACGCAGGAACGUUGUCGUGGGCUGAGAUCCAGGGCAUCAUUAGCAGCAAUGAUCUACAACCGGUUCUUGACGAAGACGCGGCGGUCAAGUACGUUGUGUGGGACGACAGGCAAUGGGUGUCGUAUGACGACGACGAGACGUUCAGGCUCAAACUGGACUACCUCAACGCGAUCGUCGGUGGUUCGUUCAUCUGGUCGGUUGAUCAAGAUGACGCGCAAUAUACGGCUCUCACCGCACUGUACCCCGACAUCAAUAUCAACAAUGCGAGCUCGACUCAGACGAAUCAAUGCAAGUACACGGGAUGUGGCGAGAGCUGUCCACCCGACUAUACACCGAUGACUACGGUCACUACCCCGCCAACCGGAUUGCACUGCACGAAGAAAGCACGUGCUAGCCUAUGCUGCCCGACAGCUGCGGUACCUCAGAAUUGCCAGUGGCGUGGAGGUGGAGGCAAAGCACGUCGGAAUUACUGCUGCACACCUCCCACGAGCGAAGAAUUCUUGCCCGUUCCCGAAGAUUGGGUCAUACCGCUUGGCGAAGGAUACGGUGCUGAUCAGCCCGCUUCGUUCACUGCAGAUUUCGAUGAUAACACCGGCCCUUCAGAUCCGACGGGAGAAGGCACCGGCACCACGGGAAUAGGAGACGAUGGUCAAGAGAAUGACUCCCCGUUCGGCGAAGUAUUCAUCACGUCACCGAAUGCUCAAUCCGUGUCAAGCCUAGAUGUCCAAAGUGACUGGGUGCUCGUCGGCUGUGACAGCCAAAGUGAUCAGCCACAAAGCAUCCUCGCGUAUUGCUCCAUGGUAAUGGAUGACGACAACGCAGGCUGCGGGCAUGUCUUUAUUGGACAGGCCCAGCAUACAAUCGUUCGAAUGCCCUCAACCUGUGGUGCCGGUCCUUACGCCCGCGUCGUCUCUCUGCAAGCGCAUGACGACCAGAGCGCACUGCCAGCUGAACAUCAGACUGUUCUUCCUUUGAACGAGAAGGUAUAUGUGCUCUCAUUUGACUAUCAAUUUGAUGUCAUCCCGGAGGAAAAUGGCCCUGUCUACAUGCGCGCGGAUAUAACGGAUAUACCUGGUUACUGGGACGAAAUGAUUGACAGUGCACCUGAUAAUUCGCCGACUGACCGCAAACGAGACGUGCACUAUAAGCGCAAUUUCCACCAGCCGGUCGAGUACGAGAAGCGUUGGUUCGGAGGCUUCACGGAGUGGCUCCAGCGCCUUAACACCAUAACGAACGGGAACAGCAUUUCGCGUAACUUCCACUGGUCAGACACCUACACGAUCUAUCAUGCAGAGGAGUCAUGUCCGAACUUUCAAUCGAGUUUGGACAUUUCGGUAUCAGGUAAUGCCCAAAUAAACUCCCAGUUCGGCUAUUAUCUCGAGGCCACUGUAGUCCCGCCAGCCAUACAACAGGCUUACAUCCACGUCAAUGCUGGCGCAUCCGCUUCCGCAAUGUUCACUAUGACCGGGCUUGCGAAAGCGGAAUGGAGCUCGGACCAGUACGAGCUUAUCAGUUUCGGCUUCCCGGGGCUGUACUACCCUGGGCUGUUGACCCUUGGACCGAGUCUGCAUCUAUACGGCCAGCUCUCCGGUGAAGUGUCACUGUAUGGGCAAUUGUCGACGAGUGUUGGGUAUUCAUUCCCGAGCCUCAACUAUGCCAUAGGGUCUACGACAGACGAGCCUACUCUGGGAUCCGACUUGACGGGAUCAACGGCCAACAACAAUGGCUAUAACUACAACUUCGGGUAUAACGUCGAGUUGAGUGGCGGGCUUACGGCCUACCUCACCCCAAGCCUUGAACUAGGGCUCACCGUGCUCGGAGGGGCUGUCAUGGACGCAACGGCUUACGUCCAGGCGGAGCUAUAUGCUGGGUUGUACCUCAAUGGUAGUGUAUCACAGUCGCAAGCACCGCAAGUCUGUAUUCAGCCCCAGUACGGUGUCAACUUACACGGCGGGCUCAAAGGUGCAGUGGUGUUCUGGCACGACCAAUGGGACCACACCUUCUAUCAAAACUCGUUUGAUUUUGGCGGCGUUUGCUAUGCCUCCAUGUCGGAAUCUAGCAGGCGCGAAUAUCCUUUCCACAACGUCACCGAUUCAGCUGCUGUCGGGAGCAGAUUGCCGUUACAGCAUGAGGGUUCUCGCGCGUUCUACUCAGGAUGGGAGCGCACAGGCGACGCUCAGCAGAAGCCGGAAGUCGCAGAGCCACCGAUGUUACCUGCAGAGCUCAAAUCGACGACUCUGAGCCACGAGCGCGCGUCUUCUAACUUGGAGCGACGGGAUACCAUCCCGUACUUGCCAGGAUCGCUGUUCUGCCCAGCGGAGACCAGUGAUCUCGACCAGACGACGUCGAAUGGAGAGGACUGCAUCUGCUAUAGUGACUCAAACUUGGCUCCGACUAACCAGCUGAUCGACGUCUUAGCACGUCGGCAUGUGCUUGUAGACGACUCUGACCCGGUGGCCGGAAAUCUUUCAGUCCACGGUGACGGAGUCUUCGAUAAUGGGACACAUUCGUUCGCUCGCCGUGCUCAAAUACUGGUCGAACAAGCCCCGUUGAGAGCGUGUCAAAAUGUGUUUGUGCGCAUCCCAGACUAUUCCAAGACAAAUGUCAUUGCGUACUAUGACCAUGAUGAUCCCGGUGGUCUUGAUCCUACGAUCGGGUCAUAUACGCAACUGCCGCUGAACCUGGGGGGAAAGCUCGUCACGCAAAAUAACAACCCCAUCUAUGCGCGCGAGCAUGUUUACGAGCAAAGCUUGUCUUCGUUGUUUGUCGAUUAUCUUUCGCUGCAGCCCAACCUCUGGCAGAGUCAAGCCGGCCUCAACAACCCCAACGACAGUGUCGACUUCUGCACCUGGGUAGUAAGCAACCUCGUCGACGUCCCGGCGUACUCGCCUCAAGGGUCCAGAUCGCUCUUCACACAAUUGGGUAACUGCUACCCCAGCACUGUGAGUGGUGUCAGCACCGUCGGUCUUCAAGGAAUUACGAACAGCAUGCCUAUCCUCGAGCAAACGACAAAUAAGAUUAAAAACACUGUGUUCUACGACGGAGAGCGGCAGUUGUACACUCCCUUAAAGAUGAUCCCCAUUCAGGACGACACAGUGUUCCGCGGAUACUGUCCACAGAAGCAAGUCGCGGUUCUGCGAGCGGCUGCGGGCAUCCCUUCCUAUCUCAACCAGGCAAGCACUCCUGACUUAUGA